AGCCCGGCGGCAGCGCAGCGGCGGCGCCCGGGGGCGGCGGCGGCGGCGGCGGCGCGGAUGCCCGGCCCGCUCCAUCCAGGAGGCGGCAGGGACGUUAGCCGGGGGGUCUGGGCACGGCUCACCCGCAGGCUGGGAGGAGUGGAGAGCGGCACAACAGCCCCCAGAGCACGAACCGACCCCGUCCACCGUGUAUGAGGCUGGGACGCAGUACGCAGGACCCGCGUCCGCAGAGACACCCCUUCCGAUGUCCCGACAUGAGACUUCUCCGACAACGGUGCAACCCGCCAGCAACCACCGCCCCAACGCCUGCUGCUUCUGCUGGUGCUGCUGCUGCAGCUGCUCAUGGAACGAGGACCGGGAGCGAGCAUGGAGGGCAUCCCGGGAGACCAAACUGGAGACCAUCCCUAACUGUGAAGCGUGUGCCAAACCCACGCCGGAGGAGGUGCAGGGCUGGGCACAGUCUUUCGACAAGCUGAUGAAGAGCCCGGCGGGGCGCAACGUCUUCCGGGAGUUUUUGCGGACUGAGUACAGCGAGGAGAACAUGCUCUUCUGGCUGGCGUGUGAGGAGCUCAAAACCGAGUGCAACAAGCACACCAUUGACGAGAAGGCCAGGAUGAUCUACGAGGAUUACAUCUCCAUCCUCUCUCCCAAGGAGGUGAGCCUGGACUCGCGGGUGCGGGAAGUCAUCAACCGGAAGAUGCAGGAGCCGUCCUCGCACACCUUCGACGACGCACAGCUCCAGAUCUACACGCUGAUGCACAGAGACUCCUACCCCCGCUUCCUGAACUCUGCCAUAUACAAAUCGCUGCUCCAGAGCGUCUCCCACUCCUCCUCGGAGUCCUAAGGGCGCCCACCGGCCGCGGGGACACUGGUGGGGACACAGUGGCUGGGGGGCCUCGGUGCCUUCUCACCUCCGCCACCCUCCCUGCCGGCCCCCACGAAGUUUUUAGCUUUUUACCUAUGAACUGUCUCCCCGGUGUCUGGGCCAUGCUCCAGGACUGUCCCCGAGGCACAGCCCGGGCCAGCUCGUACUACUGAACCCCUGCCCCGUCCCCACCGCUGGCCGGAGCAAGCUGGGGGAGCUCAUGGGAGAGCGCCUGGGACUCAGUUUCCCCCGCACCCUGUUUUGAAGAGGUCACUUUAUCCCAUCUCCACCACACCUCGGGACACGGCACAUCCCCAUUUCCCACCUGAGACCCAGCUGGGGACUGAGUUGGGUUUUUUUUUUUUUUUGAGGUGGGGGGGGAGGUCGAUUGUUUUGUGUGUUUUGUUUUUUUUUUACUUUUAAUUUUAA